GAUAAACUUGCUAAAGAAGAAUGGAGGAACCUGGCUAUUGAAUGUUACCAAUAGUGGUUUAUGGAAGGUCCGAUCAUGAUUAAGACCGAGAAAGUGUUACAUUUGAACAGCUCGAAGGGUAGAAAGGUCCGUGUGGUUCGGGAGCACUAUGUGAGGGAGCAGGUGCCCUGUGGGAGCUCCCUCUGUCAAGCGGACUGCCUUAACGAUGGGAAGGUGCUGUCUGAAGAUGUGACCCACUAUGUGGUUCCCGAUGUGGGGGUGGUUCGGGAUUUCCUGGAGAUCCUGGAGUUCAGGGAGCUGCAGGGGAUCGUAUUUACCCAGACAGCCUACCAGACUGUUCAGCACACCCGGGGACGCAGGCACUAUAACAGACUGCGUGCUUUGCUGAAGGACCCUCGCCAUGAUUGUGUGCUGUUUGCCAAUGAGUUUCAGCAGUACUGCCACUGCCCCAGAGACAAGGGCGAGUCUCAGGACAAAUGGCAUACAAGAAAUGUGUACAAUGCAGCAGUUUGGUACUAUAAUCAUCUAGCUGGACUCCAGCCGGUGGUCAUGAUUACAGAAGAUAAUGAUGCUAUUUCAGAAUUCAGUGCCUUAAACAGUGGAGUGUAUGUCAUCUCAACUCAGGAUUACCUGUUAAGUUUCUGGCCGGACCUGCAGGCCGCCCAUGAUCUGUACAGCUCCAUUGCUCAGACCCUGCAGGAGCGAGAGAGUGAGGCAGUAGAGAAGGUGUACACUGAACACCUGCCUGCAGAGGUGCUGGAGGCUGGAAUAAAAUCUGGCAGGUACAUCCAGGGCAUCCUCAGUGUGAACAAACAUCGAGCACAGAAUGAGGCUUUUGUCCGUUACGAGGGUUCAGCCAGCAAAAAUACAGAUCUAAAUAGUGAUGUGCUGAUCAAUGGAGCAAAGCUUCGUAACCGGGCAGUGCAUGGAGACAUGGUUGUCAUAGAGCUGUUGCCCCGUAAUGAGUGGAAAGGCAGGACUAUGGCACUAACAGAGGGUCAAGGGGAGGAGCAGCCACUGGAGGAAACACAGAGUCAGCCCAUGCCCUCAGGCAGGGUGGUGGGUAUUCUGCAGAGGAACUGGAGAGACUACGUUGUGACUUUUCCUCCUCUUGAGGAGGUGCAGUCACAGAGUCGAAAUUCACAAAAGAUUCUGGUUAUUCCAUGGGACUACCGCAUCCCUAAAAUCCGGAUCAGCACACAGCAGGCUGAGGCUUUGCAGGAUCAAAGAGUGAUUGUGCGUCUGGAUUCGUGGGAAAGUACUUCUGUGUACCCCAGUGGCCACUGUGUGAGGGUCCUGGGGAAAGCAGGCGAGCUGGAGACUGAGAUUCAGACCAUCCUGUUGGAGAACUCUAUCCAUGUCCCACCAUUCUCAGAGGCACAGUUGCGAGAGAUGCCGGUUAACACUGAGGAGAACCGGUGGCAGAUGGACAGCAGUGAAGUGUCGUCUCGGCGGGACCUGAGAGACACACACCUGGUUUUCAGUAUCGAUCCCAAGGGCUGUGAGGAUGUGGAUGAUACCUUGUCUGUGCGGACUCUGCCUGGGGGAAAGCGGUUAGAGCUGGGCGUCCACAUUGCCGAUGUCACUUACUUUGUCAGGGAGGGCUCUCUUACAGAUCUAGAGGCACGGUCAAGGGCGACCACUUACUACCUGGCUGACCGCAGGUAUGACAUGCUGCCAGCAGUUCUGAGUGCUGACCUGUGCUCCCUCCUUGGAGGAGUGGACCGCUAUGCCAUGAGUGUGCUGUGGGAGCUGGAUGCUGAGACUCUGGAUGUGUGUACAGUUUGGUACGGUCGUACUCUGAUCCGCUCCUCCUAUCAGCUUCACUAUGAGCUGGCCCAGAGUCUGCUGAAUGGCGAGGAGGUUGAGGUACCUGAGCUAAGCCGGCUCAAGGGUUCACAGCGAGACCAGAAACUUGUUGAACUCUUGCAGGCCCUAGAGACCCUGACGAGGGUGGCCAGACACCUCCGUGCACAGAGAGAUAAGGGUGGUGCUCUGGAGUUGGAGGGGGUGGAGGUGAGGGCUCAGCUGGAUGAGGAGAAGAACAUUACAGCACUUGUUCCCAAACAACCUCUGGAAGUUCAUGAGACUGUGGCAGAGUGUAUGAUCUAUGCCAACCACUGGGUGGCACGCAAGAUACAGGAGAGCUUUCCACACCAGGCUCUCCUGCGUCAUCACCCACCACCCAAACAGGAGUUCUUCAGUCAGCUCAUCGACUGUGCCAAGGCCCGUGGCUUCAGUAUUGAUACAAGGUCAAACAGAGCUCUUGCUGAUUCUCUGGAACAAGCUGUGGAUCGUCAGGACCCCCUGGUGAACAGGUUAUUGAGAAUGAUGGCCACCCAGGCAAUGUCUAAUGCCCUUUACUUCUCCACAGGAGCCUGCCCAGAAGAACAGUACUAUCACUAUGGUCUUGCUCUGGAUCGAUACACUCACUUUACCUCUCCAAUCAGACGCUAUGCUGAUGUAUUAGUUCACCGGCUGCUCAUGGCUGCUAUUCAGCUGGAGAAGGAAGGAUCGCUAGCCAAACCCUUGGCCAGUAACAAAGAACUCGAGGAACUAGCUCAACAUAUCAACAAUAAAAACAGAGCAGCACAGCACGCACAGAAGCAGUCCACGGAGCUCUUCCAGUGCCUCUACUUCAGAGACAAAGACUCCAAAACAGAUGAGCGCUGUGUGGCUGAUGCUGUCAUCUAUGCUAUCCGAGCUAACGGCUUUCUUGCCUUCAUACCACAGUAUGGUGUGAAGGGAGCUGUGUACCUUAAGGAUCGAGAGGGUCAGGUGGUCAGUGUCGAUGGAGAUGGAAGGUGCGAGUGGAAAGCUGGGACAUUGCAGAGAUACCCUGACAGGAUCAGCAGCUGCACUAGCACUGGAACUCAUACCUUUUACCUCUUCAGCCACGUUACAGUUCGUAUCUCUGUAGAACCGUCGCGCUGUCAUGCCGACAGCUUGUGCCUGGAGCUUAUCAGAAACAAGCCCCAUUGCCCUGUGCAGCCCGAGUCCCAGCCAGCUGGUGGCGGUCGGUCUGAGCUGGUUCAGGAAGUAGUGCGCAGGGCAGAAGAGGCUUCCCUCCAGGCGGUGGAAGAGAGGGGGAGGAAGCCCAAACUGAGCAGGGAGGAGAGGCAGUUCAGACAGAGCAGAACACCAAACCUCUAUGUCCUGUUACAGGAGAUCAGUGAACUUGCUCUACUGGAUCUGUCUGUCUGUCAAAUCAGAAAUACAGAGGAACAGACCAGCACUGCAUCUUCUUAGCCCUUUACUGCUAUUUCUACAAUUGAUUAGCGAGCUUUUGAUACGGUUUUGUAAUAUUUGCCAUGGACUUCCAUUGAAGGGUCCAGUUGUGACCUGAUAAAAAUGAUUUACACUUA